AGAGAGGGGGGGGGUAAGGUAAAGCUGAGAUAAAUUCUUUCACAAAUGACCAUUAACUUAUUUGCAUUUCAAUUUCAACAAUUUCUCUAGUCCUUCCUCCUCAUCUCGGAGUUGUUCGGAUUUGUUCCUCUGACCUUACCGGCGAUCAUCAGUGAUCGGAUUCCCCCCCCGGAAUUCCCUCAACGGCUGAAAUUUGCAGUCUCCGUCCAACGCUGAGGGAGGACCACUUCGCUCAAGGGAGGGGGGCAGCAUGGGAAAUUCAUUCGGCUGCUCAGCCUCCGGCGAGCGGCUGGUGUCGGCGGCUCGGGAUGGCGAUUUCGUUGAGGCGAAGAUGCUCCUCGAUUGCAACCCCUGCCUCGCCAAGUACUCCACUUUCGGCGGUCUCAACUCGCCUCUGCAUUUCGCCGCAGCUAAAGGCCACAACGAGAUUGUGACGUUGCUGCUGGAGAAUGGAGCUGAUGUGAAUUCAAGAAAUUACUGUGGCCAGACUGCGUUGAUGCAAGCAUGUCGCUAUGGCCAUUGGGAAGUUGUUCAGACGCUUCUUCUUUACAGAUGUAACGUUACAAGAGCCGAUUAUCUUAGUGGAAGGACCGCGCUCCAUUUUGCAGCUGUAAAUGGGCAUGUUAGGUGCAUAAGAUUAGUUGUGGCUGACUUUGUUCCGAGUGCUCCUUAUGAGGCGAAAAAAGGACAAGUAGAUGGAGGGCGGGGUGACGGAACCAGUGGGAAGAACAAGUGCGACCAGAGCGUGCUUUCCAAGUUCGUGAAUAAGGCGGCUGAUGGUGGCAUCACAGCUCUGCAUAUGGCGGCAUUAAAUGGUUAUUUUGAUUGUGUACAGCUUUUACUCGAUCUUCAUGCCAAUGUAUCAGCUGUGACAUUUCACUAUGGGACAUCCAUGGAUUUAAUAGGAGCAGGAAGUACUCCUCUGCAUUAUGCAGCUUGUGGGGGAAAUCUGAAAUGCUGCCAGAUACUUCUAGUGAGAGGUGCUAGUCGCAUGACUCUAAAUUGCAAUGGGUGGCUUCCUCUUGACGUUGCCAGAAUGUGGGGCCGCCAUUGGCUGGAACCCUUACUGGCGCCUAGUUCUGAUACUGUGAUACCUGUGUUUCCUCCCUCCAAGUACCUAUCCUUGCCUCUUAUGAGUGUACUUAACAUAGCAAGAGAGUGUGGGUUGCAGUCCUCAACUGCCUCUGAAGAAACUGAUACCUGUGCUGUCUGCCUCGAGAGGGCAUGUAGUGUAGCUGCUGAAGGUUGUGGGCACGAGCUCUGUGUGAGAUGUGCUCUGUAUCUUUGCUCAACAAGCAAUAUCCCUUCGGAAAUCGUAAGCCCACCCGGGUCCAUCCCAUGCCCUCUCUGCAGACACGGGAUAACAUCAUUCUCUAAAUUCCCCGGCUCCUCUGCCAAGGAAAUCAAGCUUCAGACAUCUCUCGGCCUCUGUACCCCUUGCAUGCUCCACCAAUGCGAUCCUGACUCUCAGUCCCCAAGUUGUACACCCGACUUCAGGAAGAACCGUGUCGUGUCAGUGUCUUCUGAUCUCUUCUGCCCCGUCACCUGUAGCCCAUUUCCUUCAGUCACAAUUCCUCUUUGUACUUGUAAUGAUGGCCCUUGCCCAUCCUUUGAAACCGGAGAGGAAGAAGAGACACAGGAGACCUCUCCUCGUCGUUCGCAAGUUAUAGCAACGGAACAGGACAAAGGGGACAGGCCAAGAGUGGAGAGAACUACCUGUUCAAGCAUGUUCUGGGGCAGAAGAAGCUGCAGCAGGGAACACCAAUGCAAUUCAGAAAUCAAUACUUGAUCUUAUUGAAAGCCAAUCUUCAUUCAAAUUUUGGUGGAUGAAUAUAGGAUUACUCUCUGAUACUCAAUUCCUCUGAAAUACAAAGGGUGAAAUUCUUAAAUCGCCGGCAGUCUGCUGCCUACAAGGUGGAUUGUUCGGGUAUUGAAAAAGUUAGAGCAUCUUACCAGAUAGUUCCUCGAUAAUAUUCCUCUUUUUUUAGAUUUACUCCAGGAGGUUUUGUAAAAAUUAAGUCCUGGGAACUACUAUUAGGUGGAUUGUUGGGACUGGGAUGCGAUGGAAGAUCGGAUGUAUUUGGUUCCAUCUCACCUUGUUAGUUUUUGUGUACUCUUGAUGACAUGUAGUUCGAGUAUAGUAUGUAAGACGAUUGCUGAUUCAAAGAAACACUGUUUUUUCUCAUGACCA